CAGCCUUCAACGCCUCCUCUACGUCAACUCUCACUUUACUUGCAUCUCGAACACUUGACCGCGCAGUCACGUCUCUAACAGCACUGACUAGCCGCUUAAUCAUUCGAAUACACUAAUUUCAGUGGCAGUCGGAUACUGAACGACCAGUAUGGCAGCACAAACAGUGAACGUACUCCUUUCAUCCUUCCCAGGACUCUCCCUACCUUCGACAGUCUCAUUCUCUCUCCCAUCCACAUCGACCAUCUCCGAUCUUACCGAUAGAGUCUCCGCAUACUUGCCAUUGUCGAUACCACUUCAGUCCCUUGUCUUGACCACAACGGGUAAUAAACAACUUGUCCCAUCAUGUGAACGUCUACUUUCUCUUUUUGGCGCCUCUAAUGGCGAAGGUGCAACAACGUCGAAUCUCCUCCCCCUCCGGUUGACUGUUCCCCUGCGCGGAGGCAAAGGUGGUUUUGGUUCCCAGCUUCGUGCGGCUGGUGGACGUAUGUCGAGCAAGCGGAAGCGCAACCAAGGGGACGACAAUGGCUCCAGUCGCAACCUUGACGGUCGCCGUAUUCGCACGGUCAACGAAGCCAAGGCUCUGGCCGAAUACCUCGCAGUCAAACCGGAGAUGGAUCGAAAAGAAAAGGAAGAGCGUCGGCGCCGGUGGCAGGCUGUUGUGGAGGCUGCAGAAAAGCGCCAGGAGGAAUUGAAAAACGGUGGCGGAAAGCAUAAGAUUGAUGGGCAGUGGAUGGAAGACAAGGAGGAAGUGAACGAAAAGGCCAGGGAGGCUGUGCUGGCAGCAAUGAGGGAUGGAGAGUGGACGGAUAACCUACGCGACACGAUCCUGGGCGGAUCUAGCACGAGCGCCAGUGCUAGUGAGGGUAGUGGACAGGAGACUCAGAACAGCUCAGAGGAAGAGAGCGAUGAAGAACAAGACGCGGCGGAUGUACCCGCGCCGUCAGAACCGGCUGUCAAGUCAGCGCCGACCAGGAAGUUCAUUGGAUUUGAUGACGACGACGAGUUCAUGAGUGAUUCUGAAGACGAAGAAACCGAGCAAAUCGACGAUCCGAAGGGCAAAGGAAAAGCAAAGGCUUGAUUUUACAGUCCGACUGCGAUUGUUUCUCCGAAACUAUCAUGUUUAUUAUGAUCAGGAAUUUUGGGCGUGUUUGCCUUUGAAGUGUUUGUAAUCUUCGCUGGACUUGAGCAUUCAGAAUUUACAGAAUACUAUGCUCGUAACCCUCUUCU